CGCGUGCCCUUCUCCCUGACCCCGACCUCCUCCUCUCCGUGCGCCGCCCCUGCCCUCUCCCGCCGCCGCCACUGCUCCGCAGGCGCCGUCGCCCCUGCCCUCCCCUGCCUGCCUCCAGAUCAGCGCCGUCCUUCCCUCCCCUGACGUCGCCUCCCUCCGGAUCCGCGCCGUCCUGCUCUCCCACUGUCUCCGGAGCCGCGCCGUCGCCCCUGCAGUGCACCUGACGCCGGCUGGCUCUCCUGCCUCCCCUUUUGGCAGCUGUAACUCCGCGCCGGGGACUCGCUGCUCGUGCUCGGCGUGCUCUACUCCAUCACCCAUCCGAAAAAGCGAGGACCAGAUAAGCGGAAUCAAAAAGGGCCUACAUCUUCCAUGGCACUCGUCGUGAUGUGUGGGCAGCCAUGCAGUGGCAAAUCAGCAGCUGCUGCUUGCCUUGCUGCUGCACUGCGAACCUCCUCAACAGACCUUAUUGUCCGUAUCAUUGAUGAGUCAUCACUCCAUCUUGGACGCAAUGAUAGCUACAAAGAUAUGGUCGUGGAAAAAAACUUGAGAGGAGUUCUUAGAUCAGAAGUUGACAGAUCAGUGUCACGAGACAGCAUAAUUAUUGUGGACUCUUUGAACAAUAUUAAGGGGUACCGAUAUGAGCUGUGGUGUCUUGCACGUGCAUCUGGAGUAAGAUAUUGCGUGCUUUUUUGUGAUACAGAAGUGGACCAUUGUAGGGAAUGGAACUGCAACCGCCAGGAGAAAGGAGAACCAGCAUACGAUAGUAAUAUAUUCGAGGAUCUUGUGAGGAGGUUUGAGAAACCAGAUAGGCAUAAUCGUUGGGAUUCCCCUCUUUUUGAAUUGUUUCCAUCCAGAGAUGAAAUAGUGGAAUUAGCUCCUGUCAUUGCCGAGGCUGUGUCGUAUUUGACAAAGAAGGUGGAUUCAAAAACAAGAGAUGUAAAAGUUCUCCAACCUACAAUUGCCACUCAGACUGUGAGAACAACAGAGGCUAAUUCCCUCUAUGAGAUGGACAAAGCAACACAGGAAGUGGUGAAUGCAAUUGUUGAAGCACAAUCCUGUGGUCUUGGGCUUGCCAUGAACAAGAUUUCUAUUGGACCUAACUUGCCAACUAUCAAUCUUCAAAGAUCUGUUGGCCUGCCUCAGCUCCGAAGCCUGCGCCGAACUUUCAUUAAGCUGGCAGGGCAGUACAGCCUGAGUGGCCCACCACCGCCGACUGAUGCCGAUAGUGCAAAGAGGAUGUUUGUUGACUACUUAAACCGUGAAGUUGGUGCUUGAUGGGUUUUCCUCUUUGAUGCAUAAAUAAUUUGGGCAUAUACUUUUAGUGGCGUUGAAAAGACUGCCUGCCCUCAUUGUAUCUUGGGUAUAGGAUUUCAUAAAUGCUGACAUCAGGCAGGAAUUCUUGUACCUUGUGUAACCCACAAAAUUCUAGGGAAACCGAACUUUGAAAAUCUACUGGUUCAAAUGUGGACUGUGUAUAUAUGGCAGUCAUCUCUCAAGGUUUUCUCCUCCA